UUUAUCCAAUUUUCCACAUCCUCUCCCUACCGUCUCCCUUCACCUCACCGGCCGGUCGGCGGUUUGACGUCUACUGCCGCACGCUCAAGGGAGAGGCGCCGGGACCCCCCACACCGUCGCCCUCCUUUCGUCGGUCUUCAUGUGUGGGAGGGGAUGUAACUACCUACUUGGAUGCUCAUUUUCAUUGCUGCCCAUUGUUCCAAAGAUUAAUUUGAGAGAUUAGACCUACUACAAUUGGUGGUCUUACCUCCACACUGCGUCGUAGUCUAAUUAAUCGAAGGCCAGCCAGUUAGUUACCUCAAGCUGCCAUUAUCCAAGAUCCAAGCAGAGACUCAAGCAGCAGAUACAAUGGGUUCGUGUGCUUCCAAGUCUGCUCUUGAGCAUCGGAGGCCAGAGAGGUACCGCACAACGAGGAGGGGCAGGAGAGGGCGCGGCAAUCCCCGGUCCGUGAUGCCGGAGGGGCCCAAGCCACGGAUCGUGGACGCCAGGGGGCGCACCACCGACUUCUCCAUGAGCGAGAUCGUCCACGUCGAGUCGGCCGGCAAGUUGUCGGAGCAUUCCAAGACGUUCCACCUCACACAGAUGGAGUGGCACCAGAGCCAGCGUGAUUCCAGCGGCUGCUGCAAAGAGGACGCCUGGUUCGACUCCGUCAGCAUCCUCGAGGACGAGGCUGAGGACGAGGAGGAAUUCAAGAGUGUCGAUGGAGAUUUGUCGGACGAGGAAGAAGAAGACGAGGACCAGAAGAAGCAAGAGAAGGCGUCGCGUUUCGCCGACGCGCUCUCUCGCAUCGGAGAAUUGUGGCGGGGCGUGCCCAUGACACUCUCUGUAGAACAGUAUCUGAAAAAAGACGAUGGUGAUGAUCCUGCACGUAGGAGCCAGAGCAUGGCGAUAUGUGCCAGCAAGUGCGUGCCAAAUUCCAAGGAGAAAACCGAUGCAGACGAGAAGGAGCCCAACACCCCGUCUCGCAUACGCCAGCUGCUGCACUCCAUCAGCUUCAACGACAAGAUGCAGCAGCUCACCUGCGUCAGCCCGGCCAAGAGGAAGUCCACGGUGAUUCGCCUCUCCUACAAGAGGACGGCCGUAGAGGACGACUGCCAAGACGAUGCAAGUGAAAUCGGUGAAUCAAAGAAAUAUGUGGUCCGUCCCAAGGGAGGACUGACGAUCCCGUGUGGAGGCGAAAAGCCCUCACCGGGAUGCUGGACACGGGUUGAUCCAUCCCUCUUCAAGCUAAGAAGUGAAACCUUCCUCAAAGACAAGAAGAAAUGUGCAGCUCCAAACUACGCCGCGUAUUACCCCAUUGGCGUGGACCUCUUCGCCAGCCCCAAGAAGGUCCAGCACAUCGCCCAGCACAUUGAGCUUCCACUUGUCAAACCACACAACAAGCUCCCAUCACUUUUGAUUGUCAACAUCCAGAUGCCGACCUAUCCUGCUUCCAUGUUCCUCGGCGACAGCGACGGCGAAGGAUUCAGCCUUGUUCUUUACUUCAGAGUCUCGGAAUACUUUGACAAGGAGGUUUCAGAGCAUUUCAAGGAGUCUAUCAUGAAAUUCCUUGAGAAUGAGAGUGAGAAGGUAAAAGGGUUUGCAUCAGAAUCAACAAUCGCUUACAGAGAUCGGUUGAAAAUCAUGGCUGGAUUGGUUAACCCAGAUGACCUCCAGUUGGGUUCUACAGAGAAAAAGCUUGUCAGCGCAUACAACGAGAAGCCAGUCCUCUCACGACCGCAACAUAAUUUCUAUGAGGGUGAGAACUACUUCGAGGUGGAUCUCGAUAUUCACCGGUUCAGCUACAUCGCAAGAAGGGGUCUGGAUUCAUUCCGGGAACGCCUGAAGAACGGCAUCCUCGAUUUGGGUUUGACAAUUCAGGCCCAGAAGCAAGAGGAACUCCCUGAGCAGGUUCUCUGCUGUGUUAGGCUGAACAAGAUUGAUUUCAUCAAUCAUGGGCAAGUUCCAACGAUUGUCACCCUUGACGAUAAGUGACACGUUGGAUCGUAGCGGUUGCCGUGUGUAAGAUCGAGAAGAAAAAAAAGGCGCAGAUUGAUGAGACUUAUGUACCCGAGAUGUUCAUUUCUGCCCAAGAUAUUCGCUAUUUUGCCUGCUUAUAUAGGCAGGGAAUAUUUUCUGUAGAUAUAAUAAUGUGUAUAUAUGGCAGAUAUGAUCGAUCCAUCGGAAGCUAGUCUUACCUUA